UCACAGUAGCAGUUGCUUUCAUAGUGUAUCGAAAUUCACGAAAAUAAAAUUCAGAUAUUUUUUUUGCCUGAUUUUUGGCCCAAAUCAAAAAUAUACAAAAGUAAAAUCCAAAUUCAAGGACGAAAUGUCGUUUAACUUUAGUGCGAUGCAGUACGAGCGCAGCUUUAGAGCGAAAAGCCUCAGCAACUGGGAGUACCAACGCUUCUCUCCCCCGCGUCCGCGUUCUCUGCAAAAGAACUCGACGCCUGUUUGCGACAAGAACGGACACUUGCUGCCCUCAGCGAAGCGCAGGGACGGCAACUUCUUGGGUCAGUACAGAGGGACAUACCAUCUGCCGCCACGUAUAACGCGUAGUUUUGCCAACAAGUACAAUACCUGCCUGAGUGGACAGCAUAAGUACGCCAACUAUCCGAGAGAUUUGUGCUGUUGCCAGUACGAGCAACAGAAGCGCAAGAAACAGUGCGAUUGGCGCGAGACCCUUGGAAAACCGGGUGAUCCCCUGUGGCAGAAACCCGAAUGCCAGAGCAAGUGUGAGGGACUGCAGCAAUUGCUUGCUAUUGACGAUCUGCAUCGUCGUUGCAAGCACGUCAAGUGUCAGCCCAAGGGACAGGAAAAAUUAGUGGCACGCAUUGUUGACGCCUCGGCGAGGAAUCGAAAACGUCUUCGCAAGCGUCAUGUGACCGCUUUCGAUUACAAUCGCCGACAAUCGACUGGUAAUCCGGCGGAACAGAAAACCAAGUCUAUCAGUAAGGAUUCAACCAAACCGGACUCUGACUCAGCGGAGAGAAUCACAACGAGAUCAACAACUAAUGCUCCACUAAAGUAAAAGUUCAUAUAACUGAGUAAUAGUUUUGCUAAUAAACGACACCUCUCGGUAGUCCAGCUGGUAAACGAAAGGGG